AUGGACGCCGCCGGAGAAGGCCAGGCGCCUUUCUCCCCCACCGUGGUGGAACAACGCAACAUCCAGGUAGAUAAUGCUAUUCGCGCUAUCAAGGAGAAGAAGCCGCUGCCUGAGAUCGACUUUAGUAUUCAUACUAUGGAAGAUGGCACCCAAGUCAACACCAUGGAGCGGGUCUGCAAAGACGUGCAGGCGCCCGCCACAUUCAAGCCUACCGACGAACAGUUCUUCGAGGACGAGUCCCAUACUAAACCCAACAUCACUUUCCUGAAACAGCACUUCUAUCGAGAGGGCCGAUUAACCGAUGAGCAAGCCUUAUGGAUCAUCAAGCAGGGAACCGAGCUUCUACGCGCAGAGCCCAACCUUCUUGAGAUGGACGCCCCUAUAACAGUCUGCGGUGAUGUCCACGGUCAAUACUACGACCUUAUGAAACUCUUCGAAGUCGGUGGCGACCCCGCCGAGACCAGAUAUCUCUUCCUCGGCGACUACGUGGACAGAGGCUACUUUAGUAUCGAGUGCGUCCUGUACCUGUGGUCUCUGAAGAUACACUAUCCCAAGACUCUCUGGCUGCUGCGCGGGAACCACGAAUGUCGCCAUCUGACCGAUUACUUCACCUUCAAGCUUGAGUGCAAGCAUAAGUAUUCCGAGGCCAUCUACGAAGCUUGCAUGGAAUCCUUUUGUGCUCUCCCACUCGCCGCUGUGAUGAACAAGCAAUUCCUUUGCAUUCAUGGAGGACUCAGUCCUGAGUUGCACACUUUGGACGACCUGAGAAAUAUUGAUCGGUUUAGAGAACCACCAACUCAAGGUCUAAUGUGUGAUAUCCUGUGGGCUGAUCCUCUGGAGGAUUUUGGCCAGGAGAAGACCAGCGAGUACUUCAUGCACAAUCAUGUUCGUGGCUGCUCGUACUUCUUCUCCUAUCCUGCCGCAUGCGCUUUUCUGGAGAAGAACAACCUACUCUCCAUCAUUCGGGCACAUGAAGCACAAGAUGCUGGCUAUCGAAUGUACCGUAAAACUAGAACGACUGGAUUUCCGAGUGUCAUGACCAUCUUCUCUGCGCCCAACUACCUCGACGUUUAUAACAACAAGGCGGCCGUUCUCAAGUACGAAAACAACGUUAUGAACAUUCGACAGUUCAAUUGCACGCCGCAUCCGUAUUGGCUUCCUAACUUCAUGGAUGUAUUCACCUGGUCGCUACCUUUCGUUGGUGAAAAGAUUACCGACAUGCUCAUAGCAAUCCUACACACUUGUUCCGAAGAAGAACUCAAGGAGGAGACUCCGAUGUCGACAUCUCCCGGUCCUCAAUCCCCCCCACUUGGUGGGCCUUUCUCAGACCCAGAUUCGAUCGAGUAUAAGAGGAGGGCGAUCAAGAACAAGAUCUUGGCAAUUGGACGACUGUCGCGGGUAUUCCAAGUGCUUCGAGAGGAAGCCGAGAGUGUCACGGAACUCAAAACCGUGUCAGGCGGGCGACUACCCGCAGGAACGCUUAUGCUGGGCGCAGAGGGUAUCAAAGACGCAAUCAACACCUUCGAAGAUGCCAGGAAGGUCGAUCUUCAGAACGAGAGACUGCCACCGAGCCAUGACGAAGUCAUGAAACAUCAGGAAGAGGAACGACAGAGGGCACUAGAGCAAGCUUCUAAGGAGGCCGAUAAUGAUAAGAAAUUGCAGACAUUGUCCAGGAGGUUGAGCACUGAUCGCAAGCGAUGA